GAUACAGAAAGAGGGAGAGAUGAGGCAGAGACAUACAGAGAACGAGAGACAGAGUGUGAAAGCAAGGACUACUAGACUGACAAACAGUUUUUACCCCCAGGCCAUCAGGCUUUUGAACCACGGAUUAUAAUCACCAUCUACCUCUAUAUUAGCAAUUUUGCACAAGACACUGCACGGAAGUGGCAUUCCAUCCCUAUGCCAGCACUGAGGCCAGAACGUCUUUCUUAGUGAGACAAGCUAACAGGAAGACUGCAGAGGUGUGAGACAGGUGUGGGCAGACAGGUCGGAGUGUGUGAGACAGCAUGGCGAGCAUGACGGUGCCAGUUAGAAGCGUGAGUGCUCUGCAGUGUGGGGUGAAGCGUGUGUGCAGGGACAAACUGGAGGACGCGCCCAUAAAGAAGCGUGUGAUGGCGGCGAUGAAGCUGACGCGCAGAGUGAAGCGUGAGGACUUGGAGUGUGAUAAAGCCUUAGACCUGAGUCCAGGUCUCAAACACACGCUAGCUCAGUUCACGUUGAGCAGCCGGAGCUCACUUGGGGGACCCGCCGCGUUCUCCGCACGCACAGACGUGAGCUCACCACAGGCUGUAGCCCCGCCCCUUCCUUCACCUUCCAUCUUAGGGGCGGGGCCACUGUUGGUGCCGAGCGAUAGGUCGACGGAGCUGACUCACGCGGUGCUUGAGGGCGAGUCGAUCUCCAGUUUUGUUGUGGGCGGAGAGAAGCGUCUGUGUCUGCCACAGGUUUUGAACUCUGUGCUGCGAGACUUCACGCUGCAGCAGAUUAACGCCGUGUGUGACGAGCUGUAUGUGUACUGCGCCCGCUGUGACGCCGACCAGCUGCAUGUCCUCAAAGUGCUGGGCAUCUUGCCCUUCAAUGCCCCGUCCUGCGGCCUCAUCACACUGACCGACGCGCAGAGGCUGUGUAAUGCACUGCUCCGCCCCGGCUCCACCCACAACCACGCCAAGCCUGGGGCGAAAGAUUCAGCUGUUAACGGACAGUUCGGCUUCCAGGUGGAGCACCAGUGCCUGGGGAAGUGCCGCGGUGUGUUUGUGCCACAGUUCUAUGUGCGUCCGGACGCACCAUGCGUUCAGUGUGUGGAGUGCCAGUUGCUGUUCUCACCUCAGAACUUCGUCAUGCACUCGCACCGCACACCCGACAAGCGCACCUGCCACUGGGGCUUUGAGUCCACCCGCUGGCCACGCUACCUGCACCUGAGCCGCCGCUACGAGGGCACCGCCGACGAGAUCAAACUCGGCACUGUGCUCAACCAGAUGAAGGAGAAGUUUCAGAUGCAAUCAGACACACCCCUGGACCAGGUUGUGGAUGAGGACAUCGGUGUGAGGAAGUCCAGUCCUUCUACUAAUCAGGUGUGUGACACAAAGAAAAAGGGUUCUCUGGCCUUCACUCGUCUGUGUCCUGACAUCAAGCAGGAAGUUGGACCUCCUGCCCUCAUCCAUCCUCGCUACUACCUGUAUCCGUAUGAUAAGAUGGUGGCCCCCAACGUGUCUCUGCAGAAGGACAGUGACGGGGCAGACACCCUAGGAACCCUGCUGAAACAACACGACAGCAGAACACAUGAUGUCCAGCUGACCGCGCCAUCCGCCGUCGAGGAACAAAAAACUUAUCACAGCGAUGAAACGCAUCCACCCCGCACAGCUGUCUCCAUGGAAACAGACGGGAAGGAAGAGGAUGAUAAGGAGCAGCUGGUGUUUGAGAUGGUUCGCAUGUACAACAGACAGCAGGAGAAGCUGAAUGCUACGCUGCACACAAAGAGGGAGCUGGAGACGGAGCUGCGGGUGGUGUGUGAUGAUGAAGCAGAGCAGUGGAAGCGCUUGUCUGUGGAGCACAGUGAGCUGCAGAGUGAGUUAGAAGUGGUGCACACUGAGCAUGCUCAGAAACUGGGACGGGUUCAACAGGAGCAGAGAGAGUUGGAGCAGAGAUUGGAACAACUCCGACACACACGCUGUACCUGCCAGGGCCAGGAGGAGCAGUACACCUCCCAGCUGUGUGAUCUGAGAGUGAGACUGGAACGGGCUGAGGCAGAGAGACAGGAGCUGCAGGAUGAGCUGAGGAGAGAGAGAGAUGCCCGGGAGAAACUGGAGCUGCUCAUCAGUCAGCUACAGCAGCAGAUCACCUCCUCAGCCAAUCACAGCCCUCAGACAACUGACUUGGACAAUCGCAGCUCUAAGAACCUCAGAGCAGCCAAUCACAGUCCUCGGAGCCAGCAUACACACACCCCUGCAAGCGCACACAGCAGUGCCGAGUCGUCUUGAACACACACUUUAAGAACUGUUUUAUAAUUCAACUUUAUUAUUAUUGUCAUGGUUGAUGUUUACUCUGUGUGAGCGGCAUCUCCCCGUGAUGGACACAGCGAGCUCUCACACGUAAUUAGUAAACCAUUAAUUUAAUUUAUACACCGUUAUCAUUUAAAAUAAAUAACACAUUCAUUCAUUAAUUUGGUUUUGAAACUGAACUGUUUUUGUUGUUUAUUCCACCCAUGAAUCACUAAAGGUCUAAUUAAUGUUAAUGACUACGUGUUAAUAUUCAUAAGGGAGGAUAAGAGUUCAAUAUCUAUCACCACGUUGGAAUUUUAUUUACUUACGGACGGAAUAAAUUAGUUAUUAAUGAGUGGGGGUGUGUUUAAGCGUUUACGUGUUAAAUUAAUACAACUCCUCACCUGCAGUGUUCAUUUCAUUUUACUGACUGUGUGUUAAUGUUGGUUAUAAGAAUUACAGUCUGACACACGCCUGCGCAGAAACAACAACGACGUCAUGACAAAAGAAGUAAGCUGUAUCACAAGUCACACACUUUUACACUACUGCAGGAUGUAAAAAAGAUGAAGUGAUGUAGACAUGUUUACACUAAUGUUCCCAUCAUGCACUUGUAGCACAUAAAGGACUAGUGGUGGUGGUGGUGGUAGAUCUUCAUGUGCAGUGACUGCUGGUGGUGGUAGCAUGCUAAUAUCUGCUAUUAAUGAACACUAGUUAACAUUCUACAAAACUUGAGAGGAGACGAUGGAAGAAUUCUUUACGUUAUUAUUUCUAAUAACCUUACUUGGGUUAGAGAUCAGUAAUGGCCACGCCCUAUUGUCAUCUCACGUGCUCUCACUGAAACGUAUGUGUUUAUGAGCACUUCUGUCACCAUUUUUAAUUUCAUUCAUAUUUAAACAUUUCUGUCGUGUGUGUGGUUUUUUUUUUUUUUUAACCCUCCAGAUGGAACAGAAUUUUGCUGAUGUGGUGGAAAUAUAUUUUUGAACACAGGGUGGUGCUGUGUGAGAAACUGGGCGCGGUUUCACACUUCUUCCGUUUCAUUUUCUCUUGUGCUGAAUGAGGAACCUGUCCAGAGCCUGUUGUAAUACUUAAGGCUUAAGUUUUUACACAAAGUAUGAACACCUGGGGCGGCACGGUGGUGUAGUGGUUAGCACCAUCGCCUCACAGCAAGAAGGUCCGGGUUUGAGCCCUGUGGCCGGCGAGGGUUUCCUCCGGGUGCUCCGGUUUCCCCCACAGUCCAAAAACAUGCAGGUUAGGCUAACUGGUGACUCUAAAUUGAGCGUAGGUGUGAAUGGUUGUCUGUGUCUAUGUGUCAGCCCUGUGAUGACCUGGCGACUUGUCCAGGGUGUACCCCGCCUUUCGCCCGUAGUCAGCUGGGAUAGGCUCCAGCUCACCUGCGACCCUGUGGAACAGGAUAAAGCGGCUACAGAUAAUGGAUGGAUGAACACCUGGUUAUAAACGCUAACCCGUCUCACUGCAUCAUGCUGACUGAUUGACGAAAGAUUGGAACCCUACCCCUCAGAUAUUUUGGAGGUUUGUUCUGCACAGGGUUGGAGCAACAAGUCACUGUGAUGGUACAUCAUGAUCUGGAACAGUGAUAUCGUUACACAUACUAUAUUGAUCCAUUGAGUUGGAACAGUGCGCUAGUUAGGGGUUGUGUCUCAAACCGCACUCUAAGAGUUGGGACGAUAUACCUCUAUAAUUAGAUUGAAACUGUAUUUUUUUAUCUUGGUGUUAGUUUGAUAUCAUUCAUAUUGUAUAUCCUCUCAUGUACUGAUCGCUGUAUUGUAUCGCUCCACCCCUGUAGAGCUGUGCAUGCAGUGAGACAGGUUUGGGGUUGGGAGGGUUUGAUUUCAGUCCUGCAUGAAACUGAACGUAAAAUUAAGAUGCUGCACUCCUACCUCAUGUUGACAAAUAGAAAUAUAUUUUUUAACAAAUCAACUUUUAUAUAAGACGAUGAGGAAUAUUUACAGGUUACAAACGUGUGUGUGUGUGUGUGUGCUCGCCUCUGAUAUAAAUACAGCGUGUACAGACAAUGAACCUGAAUUAAAUUAAACUUCUUUAGAACGUG